CUCGUCCCUCCUCUGCUUGAAAAGUGCGCUCAGCGGGGAAAGUUGGGCAGAAAGUCCACAGUGCGUGUCCACGCACAGGCGAUGCACACCUUGCCAGAGGUGAGAAAGUGCGUGGAAGCAACAUUCCGACGCGUUAAUGAGAUGAGUUGGCUCCCUCAGAUGGCUGCUUUGCCCGCGCCCACUUGUGGAAUAAAGUUGGGUCAGAACCAAAAGACUUGGCGCCUCUUCGGUGACUUUUAGGAGCUUCCAGCGCCACGUACACUCCCGCUGACAUGAAGACGCUCUACAUCGCCAUUGAAGUGGCCAUCGCGCUCCUCUCCGUGUCCGGCAACGUGCUGGUGUGCUGGGCGGUGGCCAUCAACACCACCUUGAAGAACGCCACCAACUACUUCCUGGUGUCUCUGGCCGUGGCGGACAUCUUGGUGGGCUGUCUCGCCAUCCCCUUCGCCAUCACCAUCAGCAUCGGCAUCUGCCUGGACUUCUACGGCUGCCUCUUCCUCGCCUGCUUCGUCCUGGUCCUCACGCAGUCCUCCAUCUUCAGUCUCCUCGCCAUCGCUAUCGACAGAUACUUGGCCGUCAAAAUCCCGCUAAGGUACAAAGAGCUGAUGACAGGGAAGAAGGCCAGAAAGAUCAUUGCUAUUUUAUGGAUCCUGUCCUUUGUCAUCGGGCUGGUGCCUUUCUUCGGUUGGAACUUAAAGGACUCGAUCUGCGGGAGAGGCAACACCACAGCCGACAACAAAACUGACUUAUUACGGAGCUGCAAGCUGAAGUGUUACUUUGAGAGCGUGGUGGACAUGGAGUACAUGGUCUACUUCAACUUCUUUGUGUGCGUCCUGCUGCCGCUCCUCCUCAUGCUGGGCAUCUACAUGAAGAUCUUCAUGGUGGCUCAGAUGCAGCUAAGGCAGAUCGAACUCAAGUGCGUGUCCAACGGGGACAGCCAUCACCACAGCCUGCUGCAGCGGGAGAUCCGCGCCGCCAAGUCGUUGUCCAUCAUCGUGGGGCUUUUCGCCAUCUGCUGGCUGCCCGUCCACAUCCUCAACUGCCUGACGCUCUUCUACCAGAAGCUGCACAAGCCCGAGCUUGUCAUGUACGUGGCCAUCAUUCUGUCCCACGCCAACUCGGCCGUCAACCCCAUCAUCUACGCCUACCGCAUCCAGGACUUCAGGAACACCUUCCGCAAGAUCCUGGCCCAGCACAUCCUGUGCCGCAAAGAGGAACAGUACCUCAGCUCUAAUGGCAGUGGGCGCAACAGAGACCAGAUCCGCAUGACCACAGACCCUCUGCUAUAGUCAGCAGUAUUUCCAUGUUGUCAUGUUUACAGAAGCAGGGGAUGAGCUGUGAGGUGUCUUGCUUAACUUUUAUAUUGCCAAGGACUACUUUUAUUGUUGUUGCUAUUGUCUUAUUUAACACCAACUGGAUGAACAAACGUUCUGAAUCACUGCAACACUCCUCCUUUUAUACUGUCUGCAAAUGUUUGUUAUUAUUUAUUACAACGUUGUCUUUGUCAACAACAAACGUCUUGGUGGAUUUCAACCAGUACUACUUACCACGUACAAUACAAGUACUUCUGUGCUUAGUUUUGACCGUGUUUUCUUUUCUGUACUACAGUGGAAGCCGUCUAAGUCGACGUCCUUUAGAAUGGCUGACUGUAUGUAACCAAAACUCAAAUUAGUACCGUAUUUUCUGCACUAUAAGGCGCACCUUCAAUGAAAAACGUUGUUCAUAUAUAAGGCGCACCGCAUUAUAAGGCGCAUAGAAUAGACGCUACAGUAGAGGCUGGGGUUACGUUCUACUUUGAUUAGAUGGAGGUGCGCUAAAGGGAAUGUCAACAAAACAAAUAGUGAUUGUACUGACACUUCUACUUGCUGCUCUCUGUUCAACAACCCACUGUUCGAGUUUGUCCUCCAACUGUAGCCAUCUGGCUUUGUUCCCUCGGAAACUCUGUUAAGUCUUCUUUACUUGGCGCAGGUCAUCAUGUUGCUUCCUCCACUUCCGCACCGUUGAUUCGUUAAUGUUAAAUUCUCUCGCCGCUGCUCUAUUCCCGUGUUCUACUGCGUGACUGAUCGCCUUGAGUUUAAACUCUGCGUCGUUAGCGUGUCUCUUAAUAGGAGCCAUUUUGGGGUCUUUACAUAAAGUUUAGGUCUCGCCACUACGGUAGGCAGCCGCCAACUUAAUUUCCCCCGUAGAAGAAGAAGCACUUCUUCUUCUACGGUAAGCAGCCAUAGAAGGGGGAAAAUGAAUGGUCUCGUAGUUGCGAGACCUGUUGUGGCUCAAUAUUGGUCCAUAUAUAAGGCGCACGGGAUUAUAAGGCGCACUGUCAGCUUUUGAGGAAAUUUGAGGUUUUUAGGUGCACCUUAUAGUGCGGAAAAUACGGUACACACUUUACAUUUACCACAGACAUAAAGAGAAAUGGCGAUCAUUAAAGAUGUUCCUAUUGUAUACUACAGUAGUACCUCAACUUAAGAGUGCUUUGAUAUAAAAUCUGUCUUUUGACUAAUUAUGCUGUAAACUGGAAUAGUAAAUGUCACAGUGCAGAGCCACCCAGAACAUCUGGUCUUACUAGCUAGCAUUAGUUUGCGAUUUCUCUCUCCAAAAUUGCCAUUCAAUUUGCGAUUUUAAUAUUUGAUAUAUAAAAAUGCAUAACACUGCGAAAAUAACGAAUGAAGGAAGACAUGUUACUUUUAGACUGUCAAUCAACAAAUUCUUGUCUUAAGCUGCCACACAUUAGAACAAAAUGCAAUAAUUUACUUAUUUGGCUUUAUGCAGACAGACUCUGAGCUUUUGUCUACAUCAUGCUCUUAAACUGAUUAAAUAAUCAAUAAAACCUAUACAGUGAUUAUAAAGUAAUGUAAUCAUAAUAUACAAUAACAAUGCAGGUAACUAUUUAAGAUGAUAUAAACGUGUAUUUUUCAUUACUGUAGAAUUGUAUCAUAAACAAAAACAUAAGAUGGACUCAUUUGUGUAAGCAAACAAUUUGCUUAAAUAAAUAUUGAACAUCUUUAAGUGCAUUUUUUUCCCCCAGUUGGAAAAAUGAGGUUGGGUUGUCUUUUUGUUUGUUGCCAUCACGUGAUCGCGGCAUCCUCUCUCCUUCGUCUGUGUUAAUAGUCGUAUAUCGCCCGUCCAAUAUGAGGUUGAAAAAUUACCACAACGUGAUAUUUGGCUUUGAAAUCAUUUUUUCCCCUCCUACCUUUUCUAACUUAGCGGCACUACUCACUGGCGAGUAGAGAGGCUGUCUGUGCUUCCUGUGUAUGUAAAGCUGGCGCCCCACGCUCUGCCCGCCAAGACAAAGAUUUCGAAUGACUGAAGUGAGGGCUCACUGUGUUCAGUUAAUUCUACUGUUAAAUAAACGCACUUAUGUAAUGAGAGCGAUGCACAGAAUGAGACCUCUUACUCCCUAUUAGAAGCGAGAGACAAACAAACGUGAGGCUCCAAAAUUCUGAUAGACGAACCUGUCUGUCAAUCAAAUGCAGGUGACGGUUGGACGGGGGCCUCAGCCUCUUUUGGUUACCGGUAUUUAUUUAUUGCAUUAGUUAAAACCUCAAUGUCAAUCGUGCAGCCCUAGCUCAAGAUUAAUUAACAUAACUGUUUGUUAAAUCGUGGGAAGGAAGAAAGAGAGUGCAAAGGACAGUACUAAGACAAAGUGGAUGACAGUCAUUGAUUCAUAUGAAGAAAUCAAAAACAUGACUUGGCGAAGUCAAAUAAUAAAAAUAGGAUGUAAAAAAAAACGUGUUGAACGCUGGCCUAAGCCACAGAUACUCGCUGUUCCUUUUUUCUAAACGUUGCACUGAGUUGCAGGACGGGCAGACAAUCAGCUCGCUAGUUAGCUAACCAUCUAGCUGGCACAGAGCCAUCUAGCUGGCUUACUUGUUUUCGCUCUCCGAGCCUCAACGUUGACGGCUGUCCACUUUGCUGCUAAUCAUAUUUGGAUGAUAACAAUCCAAACAGUUAGUUCUGAACCAGUUAUAGUUGUAGAGUAUUUAUUAGUAGCCAGCGAGAAGGUAUAUUUUUGACGUGACGGAUUGUAAACAGAGGUCCCAAGACUGGAAGUAUAAUACCUGAGGGGGCGUGGCUACAGGAUAGAGUUGCCAAAUGGGAAACCAUUACUGACAUCUUUAAAUGCAUGUUAUAGAAUUUUACAUGACAUUUUCAGUGGUCAUAAUGUUAUUAAAUGAUCUACUAAAAAUAUGUGGUACAUUACAUGUGACAUGUAAAAAGGCAGCCAAAAGAGGUUGGUAGAUGACAAUAAACCUAAAGUAAAGUGUAGAAAUGCACCCAAUUGCAGGAAAUGUAGUCUUGAUUUUUCUAUAUUGUCUUUCGGGGUUUGCGUGGCAGCAAUUUCUGCGGAGAGAAAUGUUGCUCUUUUUUUCUCAAAAGGUGCGCACAUCCCUGUACUGAAGCAGAAUGAGUUAACGCCAGCUAAGAAUGUUGAAAGAAUAUCUAAAUGGUGGACAUUUAUCCAUGAAAAUAUGAAAAAGCUGCUGAUGGUGUGGUUGAUGGAGAAGCAACAUGAAGGAGAUACCGUAGAAGUCCUCUCUCCAAGGUAAAUGUUGUACAUUAUUCUUACAUUAGUUCAUACAACUACUGUAGUUGUUAGUUGUAUUCUAUUGUAUUGUUUUUAUACAAUAUUUAUUAUCUGGAUGUUUGUUUUUCUUUUUAAAAGGCAUGUUACAUGUUAGAAUAAUUCUGUUUUUGGGGAGAUAAGUACCAAUUGAAACAAUUUCUAUUCAUUUCAGCUCUGUUACAGAACCCAUUAAGCUCGUAUGCUGAGAUACUACUGUAUUAUACUUUUUUAACAAAGCGACUGCGCUAAUUUCACUGCAUGUAAUGACCACAAUCACAAUAAAGCCCACGUAGGUAUGCAAAUCUUAACUCAAAUGUGUGCAAUUUGUCAGUUUCUAUGGUAAGAUCCAGGUUACGACUACCAUGCUUUUAUUUUAAAGCUUACUUUGAACUGAACAUGAAAUCACUGCAUUCACAUUCUAUUGCUCUGUAACUACUUGUAGACAGUAGUUGGACUGCUUAGUGAUCAUGAUGAAGUUGACAAUAC